ACCUCUCCAAGCACGGACGAGACUUCGACCAGUGAACCAAAAUCUCUCUCAAAUUUAUCACCCCGUGCUUCUGAUCACGGUGGGAUUCUCUCCGAUCGGUGACAUAUCGUGGUUCAUACUCCGGUGGAUCUCACGGCGUAAUAAUUUAUCAUAUCUGAAUCGCAAUCUUAUUAACCAUGGCUCCUCCGGCCGCUUCACAGCGUUAUCCGUCACCGUCCCAACCUUCAGGAUCUAGUUUUAGUGCCUAGUUUUACCAGUCCGAGCUAAGUUAUGUCAAAAAGCUAAUGUGGAAUCAGAAGAAGCCAUUUAGUUUGAAUUUUCCCCACUUAGAAUCUGAUUCCUAAAUGCAGUGAGUAUGGUCGAUAAUAUCUGAUCUCUAUUUGGUCAAAUGAAGCAUGAAUUGAAAAUAGAAAUUGUUAUUUAUCAGGAAAAGCGAAGUGUCAGAUCUGAAAACCCAGCUUCGCCAGCUAGCUGGAAGCAGAGCUCCAGGAGUUGAUGAUUCCAAACGUGACCUCUACAAGAAAGUAAUAUCGUACAUGACUAUUGGCAUUGACGUCUCAUCUGUAUUUGGAGAGAUGGUCAUGUGCUCGGCAACAUCAGACAUUGUCCUGAAGAAGAUGUGUUAUCUUUACGUUGGAAACUAUGCAAAGGGCAAUCCUGAUCUUUCUCUUUUGACGAUUAAUUUUCUGCAAAGGGAUUGCAAAGAUGAGGACCCUAUGAUCCGUGGGCUUGCAUUGAGGAGCUUGUGUUCUUUACGAGUGCCAAACCUUGUGGAGUAUCUGGUUGGUCCCUUGGGGAGCGGGCUCAAGGACAAUAAUAGCUAUGUUAGAACUAUCGCUGUUACUGGAGUACUAAAGCUUUAUCACAUCUCACCCUCAACAUGCAUUGAUGCCGAUUUUCCUGCAACGUUGAAAAGUUUGAUGCUUCAUGAUUCAGAUGCUCAGGUAGUUGCCAAUUGCCUGUCUGCACUUCAAGAAAUUUGGAGUUUAGAAGCAAGCCACUCUGAGGAAGCAUGCCGGGAAAAGGAGUCCUUGCUCAGCAAGCCAGUUAUAUAUUAUUUCUUGAAUCGGAUCAAGGAAUUCAAUGAAUGGGCACAAUGUCUUAUACUUGAGUUGGCAGUAAAAUAUGUGCCGUCAGAUAGUAAUGAUAUUUUUGACAUUAUGAAUCUGUUGGAAGACAGACUGCAGCAUGCCAAUGGAGCUGUUGUCUUGGCAACAGUCAAAGUGUUUUUACAAUUAACUCUCUCCAUGACUGAUGUUCAUCAACAGGUAUAUGAGCGUAUUAAAUCCCCACUUCUAACUCUUGUCAGUUCUGGAAGUCCAGAGCAAUCGUAUGCAAUCUUGAGCCACCUUCAUCUUUUGGUUGUUCGUGCGCCAUUCAUCUUUGCUGCAGACUAUAAGCAUUUCUACUGCCAGUACAAUGAACCAUCAUAUGUCAAAAAGUUGAAGCUUGAGAUGUUGACUGCUGUUGCAAACGAGAGCAACACUUACGAAAUCGUGACGGAACUGUGUGAGUAUGCUGCAAACGUUGAUAUUGCAAUUGCGAGAGAGUCAAUUCGAGCAGUUGGAAAGAUUGCUUUGCAACAGUAUGAUGUAAAUGCGAUUGUUGAUAGACUUCUUCAAUUUCUGGAGAUGGAAAAGGACUAUGUGACCGCUGAAACUUUGGUUCUUGUAAAGGACCUUCUAAGGAAGUAUCCACAAUGGAGCCAUGACUGCAUUUCUGUUGUUGGGGGUAUCAGCAGCAAAAAUAUCCAGGAACCGAAAGCCAAGGCGGCUCUUAUAUGGAUGUUGGGUGAGUAUGCACAGGACAUGAGUGAUGCUCCUUAUGUUUUGGAGAAUCUGAUAGAAAACUGGGAGGAAGAGCAUUCAGCCGAGGUUCGGUUACAUCUCUUAACUGCGGCAAUGAAAUGCUUUUUCAAGAGGGCACCUGAGACUCAGAAAGCCCUAGGAACAGCUCUAGCUGCAGGCAUUGCUGAUUUUCACCAGGAUGUUCAUGACCGAGCCUUGUUCUACUAUCGGGUUCUGCAAUACGAUGUACACGUGGCAGAACGUGUUGUUAGUCCUCCAAAACAGGCGGUUUCAGUCUUUGCUGACACUCAAAGCAGUGAAAUCAAAGACCGUGUAUUUGACGAGUUUAACAGCCUUUCUGUGAUAUACCAGAAGCCAUCUUACAUGUUUACGGAUAAGGAACACCGAGGACCCUUUGAGUUUUCUGACGAAGUUGGAAAUAUUUCCAUCACACCUGAAGCCUCCAGCGACAUUGUUCCAGCUCAGCAAUAUGAGGCAAAUGACAAGGACCUGCUUCUAGGUAUUGACGAGAAGGAUGAAAAUAAAGGAGUUUCCAAUAACAAUGGUUCUGCUUACACGGCCCCUUCAUUAGAAAGCUCCUCUAAUAUAACCUCACAAAUGCAAGAGCUUGCAAUCUCCGGCCCUGCCACAUCCGCAACUACCCCACAAUCAUUUGGUUUUGAUGAUCUCUUUGGUUUGGGUUUAUCAACCGCUCCUGCUCCAACACCAUCACCGCCUCUUUUGAAACUUAACGCAAGAGCUGCUUUAGAUCCAGGCGCCUUCCAACAAAAAUGGCGCCAAUUGCCAAUAUCACUAACACAGGAGUGUUCUGUGAAUCCCCAGGGAAUCGCGGCCUUAACAGUUCCACAAUCACUUAUCAAACACAUGCAGAGUCAUUCCAUUCACUGUAUCGCAUCGGGCGGUCAAUCUCCAAACUUCAAGUUCUUCUUUUUCGCUCAAAAGGAAUCAGAACCAUCGAACUAUCUCACUGAGUGUAUCAUAAACACUUCAUCAGCCAAAGCUCAGAUAAAAGUGAAAGCAGACGAGCAGAGUACGUGUCAAGCAUUCACAACCGUAUUUGAAACAGCCUUGUCCAAAUUUGUUUCUCUCACCUUUGAUUUCGUUUCGUUGUGUUACUAAGAUAGUUUGUUUGAGGUGUUAUGAAGAUGUACUUUUUAUCCUUAGAUUAGGAAAUUUCAAAUGAAACUAUAUCAACAAAACCUCAAUACACGUUACGUUGCACCAUGUGAUCUCUCUGAAAUGUAAUCUCGGAUCAUCAUAAGGGUCGACUUCUGGAUAUUGCAAGAUCAAUAUAUGAAGUUGUGCAAU